UUUUUUUUUUUUUUCCCCCCCAAAGGCUGCCUCACUUUGGAGAUGCAGUGACAAGAUAAUGGAGUGAAAGUCUUUCAUUUCCAGGCAAGAAAAUUGCAGGAGUCAGAUAGAGAAAGGAAGGAGCAAGUUACAUAGCAGAAAUAGGAAAGAGGACAGUGGUAAGGAACUGAAAAUAAAAUUAGAGGAAACAGGUGGAAGGCUGGCAUAAAGCUGGGAGAUAUUUUGGACUGGAAGUGGUGUGUUUUUUCUUCUUUUUUUUUUUUCCUUUUUUCCUUUCUUUUUUUUUUUUUUUAAGGUUUUUUUUUUUAAUUGGUUUUAUUGUUGAUUUUAAAUUCUAAGCUGAUUUUGGAGCUCUCUGCAGUAACCAGGCUGCUUUAGAGCAGAGCAGCUUCCCCAACGUGUCAUUUUCUCUCUCCCUGCCUGCUGUCUCUGCUGUUGCUGCUGCUGACAGAAACGUGUUAGGAAAGCAGAAAGAGAAAAUGCCAGCCAUCCUGGUAGCCUCCAAAAUGAAAUCGGGACUACCUAAACCCGUCCACAGCGCUGCUCCAAUCCUGCAUGUCCCGACAGCCAGGACCAUCCCACAGCCCUGCUACCUGAAGUUUGGGAACAAGGUGGAGGUGACGAAGCCAUUGUAUUCCAGCCAGAUUCCUCUCAAAUCAUCCAGCGGACAAGAAAACGCGGGAGACGGCCUCCCAGCGAGGAAGAGUAGCUCGGUAGAAAAUGGAUUUGACACACAGAUUUAUACGGAUUGGGCUAAUCACUAUCUGGCAAAAUCUGGGCACAAGAGAUUGAUAAAAGAUCUGCAGCAAGAUGUGACUGAUGGAGUCCUGCUGGCUGAAAUAAUCCAAGUUGUAGCAAAUGAAAAGAUUGAAGACAUCAAUGGCUGCCCAAAGAAUAGGUCUCAAAUGAUUGAGAACAUAGAUGCGUGCCUGAGUUUCCUGGCUGCUAAGGGGAUAAACAUCCAGGGGCUGUCAGCAGAAGAAAUCAGGAAUGGGAAUCUGAAGGCCAUCCUGGGCCUGUUCUUCAGCCUGUCUCGGUACAAGCAGCAGCAGCAGCAGCCCCAGCAGCAGCAGCAGCCCCAGCUCCAUCCCUCCCAGCCAGCAGGGCCCCCAGCCCAGGGCCAGGCGGGGCUCCCCCAGCAGCAGCAGGUGCCAGCUGUGCCCCACUCUCCGUGCCAACAGCCCCCACAAGCUGGGCAGCAGCAGCUGAAAGCACAACCAGAAAUGCACUCCAGUGCAUCUCCCAGGGACUCAUCUCAAAGCAAAAUCAUCCGAUUCACUCUUGGUCAGAAAAGGUCCUCUAGACUUCCAGGUCCCACCAUGAGGGUGUCCGCUGCAGGCAGCGAGGCCAAAGCUCGUGGUGCCAUCAGUGCCAACAACCGACGCAGCCAGAGCUUCAACAACUACGACAAAUCCAAGCCUGGCCUUCUCCCCCCUAUCCCAACCAGCAGCAAUGACAAAGAGCCUGCAGACAGCACGGCCUCCCAGCCCACAGGAAUGAAUGAAAAUGUCUCAUCCUCGGCUCAGAGCUGUGGCAGUGCUGCUCCUUGCAAUAACUCCUCAGCCAUCCCUCAGCCCAGCUCUGCUAUUAAACCUUGGCGCAGCAAGUCCCUCAGUGCCAAGCACACAGCGACGUCUUCCAUGCUGUCCGUGAAGCAGCCGCCAGCAGAGCCUCCCAAGCCUCCCUUGGAGAUCGCCAAAGCAGCUCCCAACGCUCAGAAAUCCAUGCUGGAAAAGCUGAAACUCUUCAACAGCAAGGGGGGUUCCAAGGCAGGAGUGUCCGGGACCACGCCGGAGUGUCCGGGCUCUCGGGACAACAGCUGCGAAAAGCUGGAGGCGCUCCUGAGCUUUGAGGAGAGCGAAGAGAUCGAUGCCACCAGCCAGAAUGUGAACAACCCGGGAUCCAUGUCCAGCAGCCCCAAAAUUGCACUCAAGGGAAUCGCACAAAGGACUUUCAGCCGCGCGCUCACUAAUAAGAAAAGUUCUCCAAAGGGUAAUGAGAAGGAGAAAGAGAAACAAAAAGAGAAAGAAAAGGAUAAAAGCAAGGACAUUACAAAGAGAACAUCCAUCACCGAGAAGCUGGAGCUGAAGGAGGAACCUAAAGAAGAACAGACAGCACUAACAACAACAGCAGAGAUGCCAAAAAAGUCCUCCAAGAUCGCGAGCUUUAUCCCUAAAGGAGGGAAGCUGAACAGUGCCAAGAAGGAGGCCUCUGCCCCUUCGCACAGCGGAAUACCAAAACCAGGAAUGAAAAACACCACAGGGAAAUCCUCAAGUGCCCCUGUUGCUGCCAAGGAAGGCGAGCGGAGCCGUGGCGGGAAGGCCAGCGCGGGGCUGUCCCAUCAGAAGUCCCAGCUGGACGGCCGCCACUCCAGCUCCUCCUCCAGCCUGGCCUCCUCCGAGGGCAAGGGCGCGGGGGGCCUGCAGGGCAGCAGCAGCAGCCAGGCCGUGAACGGGCCCGCGGUGAGCACGCACACCACGGGCAGCAACACUGUCAGCGUGCAGCUACCUCAGCCCCAGGCGCAGUACAGCCACCCCAACACCGCCACCGUCGCGCCCUUCAUGUACAGAUCUCAGACAGGCAAUGAAGGGAACGUGACAGCCGAGGCCAGCACAGGAGGGGUCAGCAUGGAUUCUGCUCUUUAUGUCAAAACUGCCCAGCCUGCCCUUGAGGACCUCUCAGGGGAGGACCCAGAGACGCGGCGGCUGCGCACGGUGAAGAACAUCGCUGACCUGCGGCAGAACCUGGAGGAAACCAUGUCCAGCCUGCGGGGAACCCAGGUCACCCACAGCACCUUGGAGACCACGUUUGACACCAACGUCACCACCGAGAUCAGCGGCCGCAGCAUCCUCAGCCUGACGGGGCGGCCGACGCCGCUGUCGUGGCGGCUGGGCCAGUCCAGCCCGCGGCUGCAGGCGGGCGACGCGCCGUCCCCGGGCAGCGCCUACCUGCCCUCCGCGGGCAGCGCCUACCCGCCGCGGGGCAGCGCCGGCCGCUUCGGCAGCGCCGAGCCGGGCGCCGCGCGCUACCUGUACCCCGUGCCGCUGCGGCGGCAGCUAGCCACGCGCGGCAGCGGCCUCUGCCACGUGGACAUCGCCGACAAGGCCGCCGACGACAUCGACCUCGAGGGCGUCACCAUGGACGCCACCGGCUACAUGAGCGACGGCGACGUGCUGGGCAAGAACAUGCGCGCCGACGACAUCACCAGCGGGUACCUGACGGACGGCGGGCUGGGGCUGUACACGCGGCGGCUGACGCGGCUGCCCGACGGCAUGGCCACGGUGCGCGAGACGCUGCAGCGCGGCACGGCCUUGCGCCUCGGCGACGCCGACAGCUGGGACGACAGCAGCUCUGUCAGCAGUGGGAUCAGUGACACCAUAGACAAUCUCAGCACGGAUGACAUUAACACCAGCUCCUCCAUCAGCUCCUAUGCCAACACUCCUGCCUCCUCCCGCAAGAACUUAGAUGCACAGACCGACGCAGAGAAGCAUUCCCAGGUGGAGCGGAAUUCCUUGUGGUCGGGCGAUGAAGUCAAGAAAUCCGACGGGGGAUCUGACAGCGGCAUAAAGAUGGAGCCGGGCUCCAAGUGGAGGCGGAACCCCUCUGAUGUGUCGGACGAGUCUGAUAAAAGCACUUCUGGUCGGAAGAACACUGUUAUUGCCCAGACGGGCUCCUGGCGGCGGGGCAUGUCCGCUCAGGUUGGCAUCACCACACCAAGGCCCAAACCUGCAAACACCUCAGGCACCUUAAAGACACCUGGAACAGGGAAAACUGAUGACGCCAAGGUAUCAGAAAAGGGUAGACUAUCUCCUAAAGCUGGACAUGUUAAACGUUCCCCAUCAGAUGCAGGACGCAGCAGUGGUGAUGAAUCCAAAAAGCUUCCCACAAGUAACUCUAGGACAGCUGCUGCUAAUGCUAAUGCAUUUGGAUUUAAGAAACAGAGCGGGUCAGCCGUAGGCAUGACCAUAAUCACUGCCAGUGGGGCAACUCUCACCAGUAGAUCGGCUACCUUGGGAAAGAUCCCCAAGUCAUCUGGACUCAUGGGUAGGACCACUGGUCGGAAGACUAGUGUUGAUGGCUCCCAGAACCAGGAUGAUGGCUACUUAGCACUUAGUGCACGAACUAAUCUCCAGUACCGUAGCUUGCCCCGGCCCAGUAAAUCCAGUAGCAGAAGUGGAGCUGGGAAUAGAUCUAGCACGAGUAGCAUAGACUCCAACAUAAGCAGCAAAUCAGCUGGGUUGCCUGUCCCUAAAAUCAGAGAGCCUGCCAAGGUAAUCCUUGGAAGCUCUCUGCCAGGAUUAGUCAAUCAGACUGAUAAAGAGAAAGGGAUUUCGUCUGACAACGAAAGCGUGGCUUCAUGUAAUUCUGUUAAAGUGAACCCUGCAUCACAGCCUGCUGCUAGCGGAGCUCAGAGUACCCACCAGCAAGGAGUCAAGUACCCCGAUGUGGCCUCUCCCACCCUGCGCAGACUUUUUGGUGGCAAGCCUGGUAAACAAGUUCCCAUCACAACAGCUGAAAAUAUGAAAAACUCAGUAGUCAUCUCCAACCCUCAUGCUACCAUGAGCCAGCAGGGUAACCUUGACUCCCCAUCUGGCAGUGGUGUGCUGAGCAGUGGGGGCAGCAGUCCCCUCUAUGGUAAAAACACAGAUCUCAACCAGUCUCCACUGGCUUCCAGCCCCAGCUCUGCCCACUCGGCUCCUUCCAACAGCUUGACAUGGGGUACCAACGCCAGCAGCUCCUCUGCAGUUAGCAAGGAUGGCCUUGGGUACCAGUCUGUCAGCAGCCUUCACACCAGCUGCGAGUCCAUAGACAUCUCCCUGAGCAGCGGAGGUGGGCUGAGCCACAACUCCUCCAGUGGCUUGAUUCCAGCCUCCAAGGAUGAUUCUCUGACUCCCUUCGUCAGAACCAACAGCGUUAAGACCACGCUGUCUGAAAGCCCUCUUUCCUCCCCUGCUGCUAGCCCCAAAUUCUGCCGAAAUACUUUGCCCAGGAGACAGGACAGCGACCCACACCUUGAUAGGAACACUUUGCCUAAGAAGGGACUCAGGUAUACUCCAUCCUCCCAGCUCCGUAGUCAAGAGGAUGCCAAGGAAUGGCUCCGGUCCCAUUCAGCAGGAGGACUGCAGGAUACUGCUGCCAAUUCUCCAUUUUCAUCUGGAUCCAGCAUAACAUCACCCUCUGGAACCAGAUUUAACUUCUCACAGCUUGCGAGCCCCACGAGCGCGGCGCAGCUGAGCCUGUCCAACCCCAGCAUGCUGCGCACGCACAGCCUGUCCAACGCCGACGGCCCCUACGAGCCCUACGGCGACACGCGCCUGCGCAACAGCUCCGUGUCCCUGGACGACAAGAGCCGCACCAUGAGCCGCUCCGGCUCCUUCCGCGACGGCUUCGAGGAGGUGCAUGGUUCUUCUCUCUCUUUGGUGUCCAGUACAUCGUCUAUUUAUUCCACACCUGAAGAGAAGUGCCAGUCAGAGAUUCGCAAGCUGCGCAGAGAAUUGGAUGCAUCCCAGGAAAAAGUGUCAGCUCUGACAACUCAGCUGACUGCUAAUGCUCACCUGGUGGCAGCGUUUGAGCAGAGCCUGGGGAACAUGACCAUCCGACUGCAGAGCCUGACCAUGACAGCAGAGCAAAAGGACUCGGAACUGAAUGAGUUAAGGAAGACAAUUGAACUCCUGAAGAAACAAAAUGCUGCUGCUCAGGCUGCCAUCAAUGGAGUCAUCAACACCCCUGAGCUCAACUGCAAAGGCCCUGGAGCUGCCCAGCCCGCGGACCUGCGGAUCCGGAGGCAGCACUCCUCAGACAGCGUGUCCAGCAUCAACAGUGCCACCAGCCACUCCAGCGUGGGCAGCAACAUCGACAGCGACUCCAAGAAAAAGAAGAGGAAGAACUGGGUCAAUGAGUUACGCAGCUCCUUCAAGCAAGCUUUUGGGAAAAAGAAAUCUCCCAAGUCAGCAUCUUCUCAUUCAGACAUUGAGGAGAUGACUGAUUCUUCCUUACCUUCCUCACCAAAGCUACCACACCACAACACCACUGUUUCAACACCACUGCUGAGAGCUUCCCAUUCCAAUUCCCUCAUUUCGGAGUGCAUGGACAGCGAGGCCGAGACGGUGCUGCAGCUGCGCAACGAGCUGCGCGACAAGGAGAUGAAGCUGACCGACAUCCGCCUGGAGGCGCUCAGCUCUGCCCACCAGCUGGACCAGCUGCGCGAGGCCAUGAACAGGAUGCAGAGCGAGAUUGAGAAGCUGAAAGCAGAGAACGAUCGGCUGAAGUCUGAAAACCACGGCAGCUGCAGCAGGGCUCAGUCUCAGGUUUCCAUCUCCUCCUCUCCCAGACACUCCGUGGGUCUCUCUCAACACAGCCUGAACCUCACGGAGUCAACCAGUCUCGACAUGCUCCUGGAUGACCCUGGAGAUGGCUCUGCCCGCAAGGAGGGAGGCAGGCACGUCAAAAUAGUCGUCAGCUUCCAGGACGAGAUGAAAUGGAAGGAGGACUCCAGGCCUCGCUCCUUCCUCAUAGGCUGCAUUGGAGUCAGUGGGAAGACCAAGUGGGAUGUGCUGGACGGGGUUGUGAGGCGCCUGUUCAAGGAGUACAUCAUCCACGUGGAUCCCUUGAGCCAGCUGGGGCUGAACUCAGACAGCGUUGUGGGCUACAGCAUCGGGGAAAUCAGGCGCACCAGCAGCGCCGAGACCCCCGAGCUGCUGCCCUGUGGCUACCUGGUGGGGGACAACAACACCAUCUCAGUCACCAUCAAAGGUGUCUGUGAGAACAGCCUGGACGGGCUGGUGUUCGAGUCGCUGAUCCCCAAGGCCAUCCUGCAGCGCUACGUGUCCCUGCUGAUGGAGCACAGGAGGAUCAUCCUGUCAGGCCCCAGUGGCACGGGCAAAACCUACCUGGCCAACAGGCUGUCUGAGUACAUGGUGCUCAGGGAGGGCAGGGAGCUGGCCGAGGGCAUCAUCGCCACCUUCAACGUGGACCACAAAUCCAGCAAGGAACUCCGGCAGUACCUGUCCAACCUGGCAGACCAGUGCAACAGUGAAAAUAAUGCUGUGGAUAUGCCUCUUGUCAUCAUUUUGGAUAAUUUACACCAUGUUAGCUCCCUAGGAGAGAUCUUUAAUGGGCUCCUGAACUGCAAGUACCACAAAUGUCCGUAUAUUAUUGGAACAAUGAACCAAGCCACCUCCUCCACACCUAAUCUUCAACUUCACCAUAAUUUCAGAUGGGUGCUGUGUGCAAACCACACUGAGCCAGUCAAGGGCUUUCUCGGCCGCUUCCUGAGGAGAAAACUGAUUGAAACAGAGAUCAGUGGCAGGAUGAGGAAUGCAGAGCUGGUGAAGAUUAUUGAUUGGAUUCCCAAGGUCUGGCAACAUCUGAACAAAUUCUUGGAGGCUCACAGCUCCUCUGAUGUUACUAUUGGUCCACGGCUCUUCCUUUCGUGUCCAAUAGAUGUAGAUGGUUCUAGAGUUUGGUUCACUGACUUGUGGAACUACUCCAUCAUUCCAUAUCUUCUGGAGGCAGUAAGAGAAGGGCUGCAGCUGUAUGGGAGGAGAGCGCCCUGGGAGGACCCUGCCAAGUGGGUCAUGGACACGUACCCCUGGGCAGCCAGCCCCCAGCACCACGAGUGGCCCCCCCUGCUCCAGCUCAGGCCCGAGGACGUGGGCUUCGAUGGCUACUCCGUGUCCCGGGAGGGCUCCGCCAGCAAGCAGGUUCCAGUGAGUGAUGCUGAGGGAGAUCCUCUGAUGAACAUGCUGAUGAGACUCCAGGAGGCAGCAAACUACUCCAGUCCCCAGAGCUACGACAGUGACUCCAACAGCAACAGCCACCACGAUGACAUCCUGGAUUCCUCCCUGGAGUCCACGCUGUGAUCUCCCUCAGGCAGAAGCUGUUUCCUCUUGGCAAGAGCCCUGAUCACAGACUGAUGAAAAGAACACCUUCCUGGGCUGGGAUCUCAGUAUUAAGAGCUGCAAGAACAAGACACUUGGAGCAAUCUUGAACCUGGGUGCAGGCAACCCAAGUGACCUUUUUAUUGUUUUUCUUUUGAUGAUGAUGAGAACUGCACUACUCCUUUGUUUCCUUCUUUUUAGUUGCUGUAAGCUCUUAUGCCUAAGAUCCUGAAGAUGUUAAAAAUAAUCAUCAUUACCAAGUUGAAGGGACUGGGGUGAGGGGCAGUUUCACAGCUGUGAAGCAAGCAGCUUAGUGCCAUGUACUGUCUGGAAAGAGAGGGGAGAGGGAAUAUUUGCCUAUGCUGCUUCUGACCAAACACAUUUACGUGAGGGCUGGACUUUUACCAGUCAGCUUUGUGGGUUAAACUCAGCUUCAUAUAGUUCUGGUGCUAUAACAAUAUCUACAACUUGCCUCCUAGUAAUACUCAAUGAAGGCAAAGCUGCAAAACAGGGAAGCUUGAAUAAAUAUUAAAAAAAGAGAAAAGGAAAAAAAAAACAAACAAAAAUCGCUGCUCUCCUUGCCAGUCUGAAACCUUGGUUUUCUUUCAUUGUGUGUUUAUAAAGAUUAUAUAUAUAAAUAGGAAUAUAUAAAAAUAUGUAUACAGUCUGAAAAAAUCAGGUUUUUUUCAAACACUGUGUAGCAAUCAAUCCUGCUACAAAUGAAAAAUCAGGUAGCCUUUUGCUAGUCAGGGCCCAAUUCUCUUCCCACUCAGAUGCACACCACCAGCUGGGCUGACCUCUGUGGUGUUUACGCCCCACUGACCCACCCUGAGGAGAGGGGGCUUCCCUCCUCACAGGGGCCAGUGGCAGGGCUGUGCCCAUGGAGCCCCACAGCUCCAGGGACCCUUGGCAGUGCACAGGCACGUGAGCUCUGUACACACACAGGGGUGAGCUGCACCCUGCCAAGGGGUGAGUCAGACUUUCAGUUUUUAAUUCUUGCCAUGAAAUGUGACAGCUGUUUUUAGAAAACUUUAGGUUUUGUUCAGAGGUUUCAUUCCAAUCAGCACAACCAUAAGGGGGUUAAUUAAAAUUCAGCUCUGUGGCAGUUCCAGUGCUACUCUGGCAACAAGACUUCCAUUAAUUUUCUUUUUAAUUGCAAAGUUUAAAAAAAAAUAGCAUUUCAGCAGUAUUCAGGUCUGGAAAUAAAAAGAUAAGGUACUGAGUACUGUGUCCUUUGAGUUUAGCUGUGCCAUGCUUUUGAGUUGUGGCAGAGCUGUGAACCUGCUUUGGUGUCCCCUCCUCUGUGACGCACACACGCACACGAUCAGUGUUGAGGCUUGUACCUGUGCUGGGAACCACAACACUCCCUCCCAAAGAGCUGCACUUUCCCGUGACACCAUCCUCCCCAGCACAGCAGCUGUACCUCAGCCAACCCUCACUGCUCAGGAGGGGUCUGUGCGAGCCUUUCCAGCUCUCCUCUGGUGCUGACUUCUAAAAGCGAUGCCUUAUUUUGUACUAAUUGUGUUUGAUUAAAUUAGUGCUGUAUAUUAUGGGAUUUUAUUUAAAGAAACAGGGCUAAAGUCAUCUCUUGAAAUAUCAUAAGUUGCUGUGAAUAUUGUUUGUAUGAGAUACUAGAAUUUGUUUUAAUGUGACAAAAAAGGAGGGAAAUGAGAUAACGUUUCAGGUUCAUAUCAAUCCCCAGCUAACAAAUCACUGAAGAGCUGUUUUAUCCAUGCAGAAGGGACAAAGAAGCUUUUCAGCUCUAAAAGAUUACAGGAAUAUGCUGGUUUUUCAAUGUACAGAAAGAAAUCUUACUACAAACACUUUGUCAAUAGCUUGUGGGUUUAAAGGACCAUAACAAACAAGUUCAUGCUUCUGUGGCUCAGCUCGAGAGGAUGGUUUUAUUAUACCUCAUGACUUUCUGUAAUAUAACUGUACUUUGUCUUACUAAGCUGGUCUUGAAUCUGCUCCUGUUACAACUUUUAAGUGCUGAUAACUUUUUUUUUUUAAAGAAAAAUAUUGUAAAAGGAAAAAUUUAAAUAUUUUAAUGAUGGGGGGGAAGAGCUUGGUGUUGUUACUGUUUUAACCUUAUGAACUCUGAUUUCAUUAUUUCACUGAAUGGAAUAACAAAGGUUACUCAGCCAGUUUUCCUAAUCCAGUUCUUGGUACUGUAAAAAAUGGGUUAGAUCUGUAUGGAGUCAAAUCCAUAGCAUGCUGAUGAUGAGUUUGAGAGAAGUUAAUUUUCCCAGUAGUCUUGACAAUUCUGCUUCCCAGCACUGACUUUACCUGCUACUACUGUGAAUUUUGGUACCUAAUCCCCCAACUGAAUCCAUGCAGACAGAGCAUGUGCCUGUCAAAAAACCCAGUUGCAGGGCUAGGGCUUUAAAUGGACUUAAUAUCCUAGAAAAUGUCUCGGUUGACCUUUAACUGAGUGCUGAAAGACAAGUUUAAAGUAGUGUUUUAUUUGUGGGGAACGGGGUAUUUUUUUUGUCAUGUUUAAUCCUGUGCUUAAGCUCAGGAAGAAAUUUCUAUUAUCUCUUCUUUUUUUAUUGACACUAGCUUGGCUUAAAGUGAGAGAGGCAAUUUUGGAUAGGCUAGUCAUUCUGAGCAUCACAAUAUUCCAUGUCUUUUCUGAAACUUCGGGAAGCAGGGUUACCUGUUGUGCACACGUCUUAGUUUUUAUCAGGACUUUUCAUAGAUUAACUCUUUCUUUAGGUGGCUUUCUUCUCAUUUAAGGCUUUUUCAAAACACUUCCUUUUUUUUUUUUCCUUCCUUUUUUCUCCUCCUUACAAAGUUGGCUUGUUUAAAAAAAAAUAUCAACGAGAAAUACAAGAUUCUAUGCAACAUUCGUGUUGAGUUAUAAAUUGAGAGAAUAAACCAUUUUCUUUCCUUCAGAACUGCCAAGAAUGAUACAGGCCAUAAAUGAGAUGUGGUUUAUUUGGGAAAGGGGAGGGAGGGGGUUGGUUAGCCUUUUUGUACAUUUUGAAAGAAGCAAACUUGAUAUUUCAUUGUUGAUGCUUAACUUCGAUAUUAUGUGUAUGAAAUCUUGUCUAAAUGUGGCAAUUUUCUUUCAAGAAAAAAAUAAUAUACAAAAACAAAGCAAAAAAAUCUUUGUUGAUAUUAAAUGGAAGGUUGCUGUUUUGAUCUAGUCGUUUCCAGUGGAACAGUUUAUGAAAUAUGUUCUAUAAGAUGUACAUUUUUUCAUUGUAACAUAGAAAUGUAAAUAUUUGAUUAAAAGUGCUGCAUUUUGAUGAAUUUUUUCUAGCCAUUUUUAAAGAGAAAACUAGGAAUUGAGUAUUUUGUGUACGUUUAUGAUGUUUUCCAUUUGCUCCUCUCCCUAUUUAAUUUUCAGUUCUCAUUUAGGAUUGGAAUUUGUGAAUGGUCUGUUUGAGAUCAUGCCUCCCCUUUCUCACUCUCCCUGUUUCUACCCCUUCCCCACCCCGUGUCAUGGAGAAUAAAGCUGAUGAUUGUACCAGUCUUAAAUUAUUCAUGAUUCAAUAAAAUUGAUGCUUAUUUAUUCAGA